AUGGGAGGCAACAUCCGCACUGUCUGUGUUGGGAGCGCUCCUAUGGAUCCGCAGCAGUUAUUAGAGUUGCAGCUAUACUUGUCUGCUGUUAUAUGCGAGGGUUGGGGUAUGACGGAGACAGGUAUCUGCUUCCUGCAGAGCACUGAUGACAGCAACAAAGGGACUAUUGGAGGCCCCCUCGUUUCAACUGAAUUUAAAGUUGUCUCCUUACCAGGCCUGCAAUACGACGCGAGGGGGAAUCCUCCCAGAGGAGAGUUGCUGGUGAGGGGCCCUAGCCUCAUGAAGGAGUAUUUUCUUGCUGCAGACAAAACAGCAGAAACAUUCGAUAAAGAUCAGUGGCUGCACACAGGAGAUGUGGUGGAGAUACAGCCGAGCGGCCGGCACAAGAUUAUCGAUAGAGUUAAAAAUGUCUUCAAACUCGCACAUGCUGUGCUGGUUGCUAUCAUCGUCCCUUCACCUACAGAGGUGCGGAAGUGGGCAGAGAAGAACAACAAGGCUGGGGAGCCGAUGGAGGCAUUGUUAAAGGAUGAAGCAUUGAAAGCGGAGAUACUAAAAGACUUAGAGUUAUUAGGGCGUGCACAGCUUAAAGGGUUUGAGUUAAUAAGAGCUAUUUGGCUAACAGAUGAUACAUUUACACCUGAGAACGGUUUGUUAACACCCACAAUGAAGUUGAUCCGUCACGCAGCCAAGAAUAGGUUUAUUAAAGAGAUUAAAGAGCUUUAUUCGAGUUUAAAUUUAUGCAAAUAG